GGGAUCCGCACACUGAGCUCCGCGCCGUGUUUUCCGAAUGUCCAUCAGCGGGCUGUUCACAGCCUCGACUCCUGAUAUCACUCCGCUGGCAUGGAGGAUAAGCUUCCCUGGGUAUGGUGAUGGUGGCGAGGGGCCGCCACCGACUACACGCUUCCGCCACCGCUUCCGAUAUUCGCUUUUUACACCGUCGGGACUCCUCUUGAUACCUUACAGAAAAACUAGUUGACAUCUUCUUCGGUGUUUGGUUCAAAGCGGGAACCGUGUGACAUGCAAGUUCACUGGGAAACUCCGGAACCCGUUCGGUUGAAGCCACAAAAGUUUUCCUCGAAGGACAACACCGUAUAGCGGCAAGUUUACCGCUGCCGCCGCUGCUCAUCCGCUGGACGGUUGGUGGGUUUGACCGCCGAGUGUCUGCGUUUCACACCGUCGCCGUGUUGUUGGUUUUCCGGUGGAGUUGUCACCAGUAGCGGAGAGUCGUUUCAUUGUCAAAUCUGCUCAUAUCUGGGUUUUUUUGUGGGGGAAGAAGACGAGCUAACAACCGUAUGACUUGGAGACUCGGUGCCCUUUAAAGCGCUCACUUCAGCAGCUGCUGCAGCCCCGCUGCCCUGCUCCCUGAGACCCUUCGCUGGGGGUGGACGGUCGGUAGUGGCGGUGGAGACAGGCUGGACGCUGGAGGAAAGCUCCCUCAAAAUAGCAGCCGCUCGGCCCAGUGAUGGGGGACUUUGCCUCCCCCGCUGCCGGACCCAACGGCAGUAUCUGCAUCAACAACAGCCUGAACCCGGUCACCGGGAGCGUGGUGCCCACCGGAGCCGUGGGCAUACCGAAGCACAGCACCGUGGUGGAGAGGCUGAGACAGCGGAUCGAGGGCUGCCGGAGACACCACGUCACCUGCGAGAACAGGUACCAGCAAGCCCACGCCGAGCAACUGGAGCUCGAGCGGAGGGAGACGGUCAGUCUGUACCAACGGAGUCUGGAGCAGAGGGCCAAGAAGUCGGCCGGAGGUGGGAGCAAGCAGCCGCAGAUCAAGCAGCCGGACCCGGACUCUGUCUCCUCCACGGAACAGAGGAACAACACGCUUAUCGCGCUCCAGGAGACGGUGAAAAGGAAACUGGACAGUGCAAGGUCACCCCUCAAUGGCGACCAGAAUGGCAUUUGUGAUGGAGGCAGUUAUUCCCCAUCAACCAAACGCUUACGGAAGGAGGGCUCUGGUGGUCUGGACUCACUAACCGGUCUUCCCAACAACAAUGUUCCACCCAUAUCCCCGCUCCACCACCAAAUUGACAUGAAGCCGCUGAUCAGUGGGCCCAACACUUCUAGUGGAAACAGCACAAACAGCAAUGGUAACCACAUAAGCCGGCUAUCAGACGAGCUUGGGAAGAACGGGGGCGGCCAUCUUUCAGACUUGAAGAUGAACGGCUCCCUGGACUUGGAGGACAGUUUCGGCCUCCUCAAAGAUCUGAAACAGGAGCCGCUGGAUGACAGCGGUGGAAUGGAGUCGUCCGAUCCUCAGUCUCUGUCCAAUCAGAACAAACUGUUUUCUGACAUCAACCUCAAUGACCAAGAGUGGCAAGAGCUGAUCGAUGAGUUGGCCAACACCGUACCUGAGGACGACAUGCACGACCUCUUCAACGAGGACUUUGAGGACAAGAAGGAGGCGGACUUUGGCAGGCCGGCAAACAAUCAGACCCCAGGGCCGCAGGAAGCAGUCAGCAACACCUCAGCACCUGGAGGCGGGGCGGUACCACCGACAUCCCUUCCUCCUCUCACUCAAACCCCGCAGGCUGGCCCACAGGUGCCCAUGGGCUCUCCACAGGUCCGACCUUCAUCAUCAGGCCCGCAGUUCGCCACCACCGCCAACGGCACACCUCCUCAGCAACCUCUGCAGCAGUCCCCCGCCGUCGCCAUGGCGUCUGGAUCCCCGUUACACAACUGCGUGGCCCGAUCUCCCCAGACCCCGACUCAGGCUCAGACGCAAGCAGUUUCAAGGCCUGCCAACGGGUACAUGAUGAACCCGGGCCCUGGUGUGAGUCAGGCAGGCACGGGACAGACGGCGUCUGGAGUUGUCCCGGGUCAGCCGGUAGGACCUGUGACGCCGGAACUUUCCCCUGCGGAGCAACUCAAAGCAAUGGCCGCUCAACAACGUGCAAAGUUGCUGCAGCAGAAGCAGCAACAGCAGCAAGCAGCCAACUGGUCUCCAGCGGGACCCCCGACCAGCCCUUACAACGCCGGGCCCUUUAACCAAGACAAACCCAACAGCCCGAUGAUGUAUCCACCACAAGCCUUUAACGCACCACAGCCCCCUCUAGUAGCCGGGAUGUCCCCCAACAAUGGACCUAAAGCUCCCAUGACCAACUACCUCCCUCACAACCACAUGGGCAUAAUGGGCCAGCAGCAGCAGACCCCGCUGUCCAAACAUCAGCAGCAGCAGCAAACGGCGGCCAUGUUGUCGUACAGCAACACCAAACCACUCAGUCACUUCAGCGGCGCCGAUCACAUGGGCCACAGGAUGACCCCGCCCAUGGGCGGCAACGGUCAGGUCAAGAACCCUAUGUUGCCUCCCUACAUGGCCGGGGGAGGCGGCGGGGGCCAGGGAGCAGGGCCGGGGCAAACCCAGGGGCCGAUCCCGGGCCAAACAGCCCAUCUGAGCGAGGAGCAGAAGCGAAUGUUGCUGAUGAAACAGAAGGUGUUGAACCAGAACAUCCCCUACAGCAACAUGCAGCCUCACGGACAGGAGCAAGGCGUGGUGGGAAUGUCCCGGCCACCCGGCGCCAUCCCACCUCCACACCCCGCAGGUGGCGUGGCCUCAGGAGUGGGUCCCAACCAGGGCUCGGGUCCACCUCCGGGCUACGUGGGCAACCAGCAGCAAGCAGCCAUGAUGAAACAGAUGAUGGCGAUGGAGCAGGAGAAGAGAGUGCAGAUGCACAUGAUGGAACAGCAGAAGCAGCAGCUCUUCAGAGAGCAGAGGCAGCAGCAGCAACUUCUGGCCGAGCAGCUCCAACAGCAGCAUCUUCCAAGACAGAUGAGCCAAGGCCAAAGGAACCCCUACCCUCAAGUCAGUCAGUAUCAAGGUCCUCCUCAAGAUCUGGCAUCCAGGAGUCAAGCUCUCCAGAACAUCAGGGCUGCGCGUCUUCUCCAACAGCAGCAGCAGAACCAGCAGCAUAUGGUCCAGAUGAGUUCUGUCCAGGGCCAGGGGGGCUCUGUAGGACCUCAGUCUGACAUGGGCCUACCGUACAGCACCCCAGGAUCCAACCAGGGUUCCCUUUACGGCCUCAACCCUUCCAUGAGCCAGAUGAUCCACCAGCAGCAACACCAGAGUCAAAGUGUACAAGUGUCCCUCGGUCUUACACAGCAGCACAACCCAGUCGGAGGACAGGCCCGGCAGGCAGGGGCAGGUCCGGGCGUCGGAGGAAUGCCUGGGGGUCCUGGAGGGAGCGGCGCUGGAGGGUACGCGGGGCAGGGGAUGUUGAUAAACCCCAUGGCUCAGCAAUCCCUCAAGGGCCCGACUAACGCCAAAGCCCAAGCACAAAGACUGCAAAGCAUGCUGGGAGGAGGAGCGGGUGGCGGAGGAUUGACGGGUGGAGGCUGGCCACAGCAGCAAGGACAGAGUCUGCAGGGCAUGGGGGCAGGCGUUGUAAGGACUACAGGAGCUGGUGGGGACAUGAUCGGGUUUAGCUCAGGCCAGGGAUACGGCUUGCAGACUGGUCAGCCUCCACGCAUGGCCAAGCAACACUUUCAAGGGCCCGGCCAAGGAAUAGGGCAGGGGAUGGACCCCAGGGUGGGAAACCCGGCAGCGGGGAUGGGUGGCCCCAUUGGCACUCACAUGGGCGGACAGUCCAGGACCAACCAGUCUCGGCCCAUGGUCAUGAGCCAGGGAAUAAACCAAGGGGUUAUGGGCCCGGGGGUGACUGGAAUGGGGGGGUUCGGGCCAGGUCUCGGUGGAACCGGGGGCGGAGGCGGACAUUACGGACCCGGGGGAUCAGGUGUAGGUAGUCAGACACAGGCCUACCAAAGGACAUCCAAUCAAGACAUGUCAUCCUAUGGAUAUGGGGGCGGGCCCUCCAGCGCAGGAGUCUUCGGAUUGGGCGAUGGAUCAGGGGCGGAGCUGGACUCAAGCGACGGUUGGAUGGAGGAGUUUUUCCCAAACCAAUAGCCAACGAGGAAACUGGAGACAAGUUUUUACUGGAUGAACUAAAACAAAAAAACACUUUAGAUAAAAAUCUGAGACUAAAAGAAGUCAAAUGUCGACUUAAGGCUGGCAUGUUUUGUUGAGUGAUGUUACAAAUGAAGUGUGUGUGUGUGUGUGUGUGUGUGUGUGUGUGUGUGUGUGUGUGUGUGUGUGUGUGUGUGUGUGUGUGUGUGUGUGUGUGCGUGCGUGCGUGCGUGCGUGCGUGCGUGCGUGCGUGCGUGCGUGCGUGCGUGCGUGCGUGCGUGCGUGCGUGCGUGCGUGCGUGCGUGCGUGCGUGCGUGCGUGCGUGCGUGCGUGCGUGCGUGCGUGCGUGCGUGCGUGCGUGAGGGCUCAGAAAUCAUUUUGUUUCAUGCAUAAUAAUGAAAAUCCAUUUAGAGAUUUAAAAGUGUUUUUUUUAGUUUCCUUGUUUCCCAUCGGAAAGAAUUACAGUGGAACCCGUUUAUGUCAACAACCCGUUUAUGUCGACAACCCAUUUGCAUCGCCCAACUCAUCAAGCCCCGAUCUUUUAUCCACUAAGACAUGGACGUUGACAUACGUUGACGAACGCUUUUGUCGACACAAAAUUUCAUUAUGAUUACAUGGACAUCCGCAUUGCCUAGUUUAACUUUCAAUUAUGUCGACAACAGCAACAGUUAGUUUUGCUUUCGAUCAUGGCGACAACCUCUUACAGUGACAACACUUUACGUCAACAUCAUAUUAUAUCGACAACCAAGUAUGUUGACUACCCCGAUACAGAAAACUGCUUAUGUUGCCAACCGCUGAUGUCGACAAUCCUUUACAUCAACACCCAAUUAUAUCGACAACCAAGUAUGUGGGCAACCCCCAAUGUAGAAAACUGCUUAUGUUGAAAACCGCUUAUGCUGACAACCACUGACGUCAACAAUCCUUUACGUCAACACCCAAUUAUAUCGACAACCCCAAUAUAGAAAACCGCUUAUGUUGACAACCGCUUAUACUGACAACCGCUCACAUCGACAAACCUUUAGGUCAACAUCCAACUAUAUUGACAACCAAGUGUGUUGACAACCCCCAUUUCGACAACCAAUUAUGUCGACAAUCCCAGUUAUAUAGAAAACUGCUUCUGUUGACAACCCAACCGCUCACGUCGACAAACCUCUACGUCAACAUCCAAUUGUAUCGACAACUAAGUAUGUUGACAACCCUUAAAACAGAAGGCAAUUUAUGUUGACAACCGCUGACGUCGACAAUGCUUUACAUCAACAUCCAAUUAUAUUGACAACCAAGAAAGGUUGACAACCCCCAUGUCGACAACCAAUUAUGUCGACAAUCCCAAUUAUAUAGAAACCUGCUUGUGCUGACAACCGCUCACUUCCACAACCUUUUACGUCAACUUAUAUCGACAACUAAGUAUGAUGACGACCCCUAAUACAGAAAACAACGUAUGUUGACAACCGCUGACGUCGACAACGCUUUACAUUAACAUCCAUUUAUAUUGACAACCAAGUAUGUUGACAACCCCCAUGUCGACAACCAAUGAUGCCAACAAUCCCAAUAUAGAAAACCGCUUAUGUUGACAACCGUUCACAUUGACAAACCUUUAUGUCGACAUCCUAUUAUAUCGACAAAUAAGAAUGCUGACAAUCCCCAACAUAGAAAACGGGUAUGUUGACAACCGCUUAUGCUGACUGCGCGCUCUGUCGAGGCGAGUCAGCCACUGAAAGGGUCGUAGACAUAAACGUGUUCCACAUUUUUCUGUGAAAGAAGCGUCAGUCAGGCUGAUGAGAGGAAGAAAAUGUUUGUGCCUCCCAGCUCAGUGCUUCAGAUCUCUGCUGUGCGAGAGGAAGUCCUAAGUCCUCUCUGCCUUCUAUCACUUCCUGUCUUGGAAAUGCUCACACGCACACACGCACACACUCACACACUCACAAACACACACACAAACACACAAAUAAUUAUCUUCAUUUGAUCUUUCUCUCAGCCUACUUCUUCUCUCCAGAGGAUCUUUACUUGCUCCCAACACUCUCACUGAUGAAAUGGUGAGGAAGACAACACAUUAAGUGUGUCAUAAAAAUAUGAUAAUAAUUUUCAUCUAUUUCAUUUUCCUAGGGCUUGCCUGCUUUUGUUAAGCAACCAAUGUUUUUUUCCCCUAAUUUUCUGAUGUACAGUAGAAGAAAAAGAAGGAAAGAACAGGCAGCUAAAAGCAAGCACAUGCGUACUGAAUACUGCAUAUAUUUAUAUACUGUAUAUUAGGGGUGUAACAGUACAUGAAGUCAUAAUCAGAUUUUUCGAUACAGAAUAUUGGAUUUGGUUCAGAAGUGCACGGAGUACCUACAUGCUAUACAUUAGAAAGUGAUGGUGAGUCCCCACCUGCUGGAUUUAAAAAGUCACUACAUUUGACCUGCAAAUAAAAUUGAAUUUCAAUAUUUUUUUAAAAAGAGAAAAACAUUUUAUUAAAUAAAAACAUUUACCUUAAUCGGCGCUAUAAUAUAUGCAAGAAUAUAAGUAUACAUAAGAAUGCCCCAACAGUCUAUGUAAGACGAACAUGACACAAACCUUCCUUAUUGUUAGAAAUCCCACUGUUUGUAUUAAACAUGCUUCACUAAUGAGAGUAUUUGGCGCACAGUCAUUAAACUCACCGUAGUUUGUUUACAUGUACAACUUUCUCCGACGCUGUUUAUGCCAUUUAUGCCACCCCUUCUUUGACUCAUUUUGUCCACCAAACUUUUUAUGCUACGCGUGAAUGCCCAAUAGUGAGCUUUGUUGAUGUUAUUUGUCGUUUCAGCGCUAAUCAGGAAUAUUUGGUCUGUGCAUAAACUGCAAGUUAAUCGAUGCUAACAUGCUAUUUAGGCUGAAAUCAUUAUGCCUUUGGGUUGUCUUCAUUAUAACACUUAUAUUAGACUUUUAAAGUCAUUUUGAGAGUAGACAAAUAUAACUAAUAAAGACACUUACAUGUGUUGUCGUCAUUAUAACACUUAUAUGAGACUUUUAAAAUAAUGUUUGAUAGUAGGCUAAUAUAGACACUUGUAUAAUGUGUUGCCUUCAUUAUAACACUUAUACAAGGCCUUUAGUUUUUUGCGGCUCCAAACAAUAUUUUCUUGUAUUUUUGGUCCAAAAUUUGGGGGGCUGUAUAGCUGGGUUGGUAGAGCGGCCGUGCCAGCAACUUGAGGGUUCUAGGUUUGAUCCCCGCUUCCGCCAUCCUAGUCACUGCUGUUGUGUCCUGGGCAAGACACUUUACCCACCUGCUCCCAGUGCUACCCACACUGGUUUAAAUGUUAGUUGGAUAUUGGGUUUCACUACGUAAAGCGCUUUGAGUCACUCGAGAAAAAGCACUAUAUAGAUAUAAUUCACUUCACAAUUCACUUCACAAUAUGGCUCUUUCAACAUUUUGGGUUGCCGACCCCUGAUUUCAAUCAUUGAUGGCGACAAAAAUCAACGUCAAAGGCAAACAUGACACUCCUCCGACUUAUUUUUAGUACAAGCCGUCACUCAUGAGUUCAGCAAACACUCCUGAUGAACACAGUUCAUUGUCUAAAAACACCAUUAAUGAAUAAUGACUAAAUAUAUCAGUAGAUGUUACACUCAUUUGCUUUGUCACCUGUGAUUCAAAGUUAAGUUUUGUUUUUUUGUGUAACAUCUUAAAUGCACAAAAAAGCAUCAUUGUUGAAAAGUAUUUUUUACCUCGUCCGUGGUGGUGGCUUUCCGUUUCUUUGACGCACUACCAUCAGAAGAGCAUGCCUUAUCCUUGGCAGGCAUAAUGAAGGGCAAGAAAACACAUUAUAAAAUAGUUUUCUUCUUAAGCAUCAUUAACAGUUCAUGGGAGUGUCUUUGUUCAAAGCUGGUUUCCUCCUAUACUUAAAAUGAACCGAAGACCAAGCAAUGUACCGAAGCCUGAUUAUGGCGUACUGUUACAUAAUGAGUACAUACUUAUGUAUACACACACAAGCAAAGAGCAGAAGGAGCUGACAGCCUGUGAGGCACAAACGUGAUGACGUGGAAAGAAAUGCUGACUGGGCACUGAAUGUAUUUUAGCACCACAAGUGACUUCUUGGUUUAUGAAUCAUUUCAUCAAAGCCACUCUUGUUUGUUUCUGUGUACGAACGCUGGUUGUGUUUCUGUCCCUUUUUGUCCCCAAACAGAUUAGCCUUAUUUCUUCUUGUAAAUGGUUUGUUCACUCCUACUGUCACACAGGAAAGACAAUUGUGUUGUUUGUAAAACUGCUGUGAAGACACAAGUUGUUGUCCCCCAAACCUAAGCCACUGCUCAGCCUUGACAUUCACCGUAUCAAAGUGGACGUCGAUCGUUUUUUUUUCAUCAAACUCUUUGAGCUCACUUCCAGUUAGCGUAAGGUUAUUUUUGUUAAACACCUUCAGCUUCCCGCUUGUCGUAUAAACCGACCCUUUAAAUACAAACUUAGAAUGAAAAACUUUGAUUUAUGUCAGGACUUAAUGCUACAGGGGUGGGCGAUACGGCAAAUGAUGGUGUCGAUCCGAUAACGAGUAAAUACUGAGCCGGAAAUACCGAUACUGAAAAUCAUCAAAUUAACAAUUGUGUGUUUUUUCCUCUAAUUCACAGUAUAGGGUCAAAUAGGACAAAAUUGACUAAAAAAAUAAAUCUUUACCUCGUUACUUCUUCAUAUCAUGUCCCUCCAGUGGUUGUACUCUCCAGGACACUUAUUUUACAAACAUGCGUCAGCUUUAAUUCAUUCAUUUUAUCCGUCAAACUCAGUCGUCAAAGUCAGUGGGCAGAUCUCAACACUUCCACUUGCCCGAGGAACUUGGACUAGACAAGUGGGGGAGUGUUGUUUAAUAUCUUGGUGUGAAAGUGCGGAAUUAACUCUGACAUCUCGAGUACAUUUCUCUACUUGAACUGCUCCAUGGUCUAGGUCAGCAGGUCUUGUUUCCACAUACCCCACAACGGGGGCCCCCAAACUUUUUAACUUGAGGGGCUUCAUUGGAUUAAAAAAAUUUAGCCGGGGGCC